ACCGGCUGUAUAUAUAAAAGACCACGAUACCCGGCAUCGGCAUCACACUACAUCUCACUUAUCAAGUGUAUACAUUGACCACAGGUUGAAGUUUGCAGAUUCGUUGUAAGCAACACAAGAAGAAAUCACCUAACCGAAAUGGCUUCUUUCAAAUAUCUGAUAUUCUUCACCUUGGUCGUGUACUCCGUUACUGCUGAAGAAGGAGUAAGAGCAAAGAAACAUGCUUACAUCGCCGCUGCCCCAGCUCCGGUUUUGGGUUACUCUGUCUCAGCCCCUGGAUCGUUCUCAUAUGCAUACUCUGGUUACACCGGCUACCCGUACAACUAUCCAGUAGCAGCAGCUACUCCAUACCAUGUACCCGCCGCAUACCCAGCAGCAGUGUACCCAGCCACGACAUAUGCCGCCCACGCAUAUCCAGCCUACGCCGAAGAUGACGGCCAAUACUGGCCAGGCAAAUACGAAAAGGUCGAAGUUCCAGCUUACAAGGCUGUUUACCCGAGCUAUUCCGAAGAUGACGGCCAAUACUGGCCAGGUAAAUACGAAAAGGUCGACGCUUCAGCUUACAAAGCCGAACACCACUACUGAAGACUCUCACAACAAUGAUUCAACAUCACAACCUUCCGCGGGCAAAAAACUCGUAGUCUUUUUCUUUUUCAACUUUUAAUAAUAAAAACGUGAUCUACAUUUUUCA